AAUAAUAUUAAAACAGGUUUCUCAAUAUGUAGGGUCGAAAAGUAUCGUCCUAUUCUUUUAAAAGACAUUGUUGGCAAUGAAGACACAGUAGCUCGACUCAAAGUUGUUGCUCGCGAUGGCAACAUGCCCAACGUUAUUUUAGCCGGUCUUCCAGGUAUCGGUAAGACUACGAGUAUCUUGUGUCUGGCACACGAAUUAUUAGGCAGUGCAUAUAAGGAGGGUGUAUUGGAAUUGAAUGCAUCGGAUGACAGAGGCAUUGAUGUUGUCCGAAAUCGAAUCAAAACAUUUGCACAGACAAAAGUAACGCUACCUCCAGGUCGACACAAGCUCAUCAUUCUCGAUGAAGCAGACAGCAUGACCUCUGGUGCACAGCAGGCGCUUCGACGUACAAUGGAAAUAUAUUCAAAUACGACGCGAUUCGCAUUGGCAUGCAACCAAUCCAACAAAAUCAUUGAGCCCAUCCAGUCACGUUGUGCCGUGAUGCGGUACACAAAGCUGACAGAUACCCAAGUGCUUCAACGUCUGAUGGAAAUUUGCAAAAUGGAAAAUGUGGAUGCUACAGAAGAUGGAUUGCAAGCCUUGAUUUUUACGGCAGACGGCGACAUGCGACAAGCUAUCAACAACUUACAAUCUACAUACUACGGCUUCAAGCAAGUCAAUGCCGAUAACGUGUUCAAAGUAUGCGACCAACCUCACCCGGUCGUUGUUCGACACAUUCUUGAAUCGUGUAGCAAGGGCGACAUUAUGGAGGCAGACAAGUGCAUACGUGAACUCUAUGAUUUGGGUUAUGCCGCAUUGGAUAUCAUCACAACCGUUUUUCGCGUAAUCAAGUCAUUCAAUGAGCUGGAUGAGGAGUUGCGUUUGGAUUAUUUGAAAGAGAUUGGUAUGACCCACAUGCGGAUCUUGGAUGGACAUCAGAGUUUGGUUCAACUGUCAGGUCUCGUAGCUCGGCUGUGCAGAUUAGGCAAAGAAAAGAAUAAUGGUGGUCGAUAA